AUGCAUACACAAGAAAGAACUAAACGCUUAAUUUUUAUUAAUUACCUUAUCUUUACCUUGUUAAUAUGGGUAUGUACAUUUUUUUAUGAGCUCAACAAUACCUGUGACAAACCAUGGGGAACGAGUGAUAACUUAUGCCAAAAGGACGCACAUAAUGGAAGGACAAAUCGAUUAUUAAAAGGCGAAUUAGCAGUCGAGGAAGAACCCAAAGAAAAAUACAAACUGCUAAGAGAAAAACUACUAGAAAUAGUGCAUGAAAAUGAUGAAGACUUUGAAAAACGAUUUAAUACCAUGUUACAAAAAGGUGACAUCUUACAGAAUAUAUCCUUUCUACAGAAAUUGGGUAAAAAGAUUAAAAAAUCUUUAACUUCACUAGAUUUUGAGAAUUUUCAUCAAAAACCAUUCAGUUCUUUUGGGUAUGAAAGCUUAGAUGAAAAAUCGAAGAAAUCAUUGUUAUUCGAUAGUAGUCAUUAUGGAAAAUCAGAAGGAUCACUAGAAUAUGAUACCGUUGAUGAAGAUAAAUUAACAACUUCAGAGGAAUGUUAUAGUAACGACGAAAAGUCAGUAAAUCCACAAAAAUCUUCCAGUUAUUUUAAAAAAAUGAAUUUAUUUAGAAUUUUUGAUCUUUUUGAAAAAUUAAAGGAAGAGGACAUACCAAAAUAUUAUUAUACUUCAGAUUAUAGUGCUACCACGGGUACCACCAAUAGUAUUAACACUAAGGAGGUCGAAGAGGAGGCAAGAAAUAACUUUGAUGAUACCACAAGUUUCGACUUAGGUUAUGACUUGGAAUCAGUUGUCACUUUUAAAGAUUUUUUUAAACGUAAUCGACGGAAAUCACAAUAUACACUGAAAUCUGAUAACCUUAGUGAAAAAGAACGCGAACCCUUAAAGAAAGAGUUAUCCGCAUUUAAAAAAUGUUAUGAUGUACUGUUAAAACCUUUUUUCACGUGGACAAUGAAUUACAUGAAAAAAUUUGACAAAAUGUAUGAAAGGGCCCUAAUAAAGGUGUUAACAUCGGAUUUUUUGAUGGAUGAAAUAAGUGUCAAAUUACUUUUAAAAAAAUUGAAGAAUUACUUAAUUGUUAUUUAUCCAGUUGUAUCAUACAGUAUCUACACAAUCGUGGUUUACUUUUGCAAUCUCGAUCAUUUUAGCAUUGCUUCCACAGCUGCAAUGCUUUUAUGCGCCUUAAUAUACGUCAGUUAUAAAUAUAUCAAGUGCACUAAUAACACUAGAUAUAAAGAAUUGUAUGAGCCUAAUAGCACGCAAGCCGCGGAGUCACCACCGGACGUUAAUAAAGAUGAUGUUUCGUGA